UUAAUUCUUCCUCGUAUAAUCGAACCUCGGCAAUUCCGAAAUAUGACGCGAUUGUUUUCGAAAAAUCCCAUGUUUACCGAUACCCCUCGCUUCGUCACCGGCGCGCUCGUCCAUCCCUGUUUAAAUCUCUCUCCUUAGCCUUUUUGGAUUCGGCGAUUCGAUGGUUGACCCUCUUGCAGUUUCCGGGUGAUCGAUUGCUGGGAGUCUUGUGAGAAUUAUCCCGGUGAAGAGUAAAGAUGGCUGGAGCUGCUCCGAAUGCAGGGACUACAAGGCGGUUGCCGAGGUGGAUGGUGGCGCCACCUGCGAAGGAUCAAGCAAGGGGGUCUAGUUGUAGGGACAGUAGCACUGAUCAAACAAACGAAGGGGUUUCACCUCAACGGACUAAUUCAAAGAGUUUGACAACACAGCCGAAAAGGGCAUCCUCGCUUCAGGAAAAGUAUUCUUCGAAAGUCAGUGGAUUUGGUAUUGUGGAAUGCGGUAGGAAGAGAAGGAAAAGAAAGGCGAGCGAACAAGAAGACGGUUCUGAUGUCAGUACACAUGAAAUUGUUGAGGAUAAAAAGGAGCGCAGAAGGGGAAGGAGGAAAGCUCAAGAUUCAGUUUUUAAAAAAAGAAGGAAAACAAAGAGUCUUGUUGCUGAAGGUGAUGAGGAACAUGCUACUGUUGCUAGUGAUGACGAUGUUGAACUUAGUGUUGAAGAUCUCGUGAGCAUUGCUGAAGAGAUCAUUGCAUCAAAUAAGGAUGUUGAGCAGCAAAGACAACACGUUGGAAGAUUGGAGACACCAAUGAGAGCCAAUGUUCAACAAUAUUCUCUUGAUGCCGGUGCUACUCAUAAUGAAAUUCUCGAUGAUGCAAAGCACACUAAGAACGAUUCAACUGGAGUUCACACCGAUGAAGAGACUGUUGUUAGUAUCAAGAGAACAGGUGAUCCUGCUCAGGAUAUGCUAGAUCUCUUUCUGGGUCCCUGGCUGAGGAAGCCCGUAGAGGAAGAGAAAAUGAGUCAAUUAGUUGCAGAUGAAGUGAUUUUGAUGCAGGAUCAAAAGAAGCAAAGCCAUAGCGUUGUUUCUGAAGAAGCUGCAUCCCCAUUGAAAAAGAAGAGCAGUCUCAAGGACAAAGUGGCAAUGUUCUUCUAAUGAGUUCUGAAGCUUCAGUUAAGUAUUGGAUUUUGUAAAUCUAACCCCUCCGCUCUGGGGUUGCAAAGAUCUCAUGUGUACAGUAAUUUGUAUCCCAUGUUCAAGUAUAUAUAGUGCUUUUGCAGAAAAUGUAUAUAUACUAGCAUUGUGGGCUCCGGACACGGAAUGAAAGCAUUACACAAGAAUGUAAUUGAGUAUUUUACAUCUUUAAA